CCAACUUCAGUUUAGUUCUGGCAGGCAGGCAGACAACAGACACACACAGUUUGGCCAUCAAAACUGUACUUCUCAUCUUUUUUUGAUUUUUCCUCUUUUUCAUCCCUUCGAAUUUACUUAUAUUUAAGUAGAAAAUUUAUAAAAUAAGACUUCAUCAUCCAGGUGGAACUUGGGGAUAUCAACCAACUACCUUAUCCUGAGCACAACCAAACAGGCCGUGAAGGCCUUUAAGGCCGUUUAUUCUUAGUUUUUUUUUUUUUUUUUAUUAUUUUUAAUUGGAAAAAGAACGCCUCGCUUUAUUGGCGUUUCUUUUUUGGGUUAUUUUUUUUUUUUUUCUUCUAUCGAACCUCUCUCACUUCCGUGUGUGGAUGGAACAAGAACAACAACUUUUGCCAAAACAACCGAAUAUCAAAAAGAAAAGUCUUAAAAAAAUGUCUGAUGCAUUCCAUCAUCGUUACCACGACGCAGGAGGCCCUGGAAGCGGCAAUAACAAUUACAUUGAUUUCAAUCAAUUCAUGAUGCAGCAUAAUAUAAUUCAGGGUGGGGGAGGAGGAGGAGGAGGCGGAGGAAGUAACUCCAAUUCUUCCACUUUCAAUGGCGAUGUUGACCGAACAUCAUCGUCAAAUCCCUUCCAUUACAAUGGAGGAGGUUACGGUGGCUAUCAACAGCAGCAGCAAGUUGAUGAUAGCUUUUAUAUGAAUGGUGGAGCAACAGCUGGUUCGGGUAGAUUGCCCGCAUACAAUAACUACUCCCAGCAACGUCAAUCGAAUUAUUCCAAUUCAAAUCUUCAUGCCAAUGCAGCUGAAUUUGUUCCACGGUUUUCGAAUCUUUCAAUUGGCGAAUCAGGAAAUGCCUACAAUUCGAACCAUGAAACAGCUGACCUUCAGAAUGCCAAUGGUCCAUCAACCAGCAGCCAGAUGCACCAUGGAGACUCACCAAAGUCACCGCCGCAACGUUACACAGGUGCCACCAGCAAGAAUCGUGAUUCCACAUCUCGAGGUGGCAAUGGAGGAUCUGGUGCAUCAUCACGGCGGCAGAAUGGCCGAGAUUAUCAAAGAAAUCAGCGCUAUGACAAUCAUCGAAGCAACAAGCGUCGUGACGACUGGAAUAGGAAUCGAGAUCGCGUGAAUGCGUUCAGAGAUGAGAAAUUCACUCUGGAGAACGGAAAGGAUAGUCCGCAAGCCUCGCCAGAGAAGAAACCUUCGCCCAAGAAGCAGCCUCCUCCUCAUGCUGAAAACGAAAAACUCUCCCAGCGAGAGAAACUUAUCCGAGAAAUCGAAGGUAGACGUUUGGAGUGCCUCGUCUGUGUCGAGCUUAUCAAAAGUCACAACUCGGUUUGGUCAUGUCACAAUUGCUAUCACAUUCUCCAUUUGAAUUGUAUCAUCAAAUGGGCUUCUAGUUCGAAAUCCGAAGAUGGCUGGCGUUGUCCAGCAUGUCAAAAUGUUGAGAAGGACGUUCCACGAGAUUAUUAUUGUUUUUGUGGCAAAGUCAAGAGUCCACAGUUGAAUCGUAAUGAUAUAGCUCAUUCUUGUGGCGAAGUGUGCGGACGGAUUGACGGUUGUUCGCAUGCUUGUACUUUGCUAUGUCAUCCUGGACCGUGUCCUCCAUGUCAAGCGAAUGUCACACGAGAAUGUGGUUGUGGCAAGACUUCCAAGACAAUGCAGUGUUAUUUGAAGGAGUCGAUUGAGUGUGCAGAGAUUUGCCAGAAAUUGCUGAAUUGUGAGUUGCAUACGUGUUUGGAGAAGUGUCACGAGGGAAAGUGUAAGCCAUGCGAACAUAAAGUUGAGCAGAAGUGCCACUGUGGUAAACACGACAGACAGGUUGCUUGUACACGAGACUCACAUGAAAAGAAGACAUACUCUUGUGGCAAGCCAUGUGGAAAAGAUCUUAGUUGCGGCAAUCACAAGUGCAAGGAUUGCUGCCAUGUUGGCGAGUGUCGUCCUUGCAAAUCAAGCCCCGAACAGGCCACUUCAUGUCCUUGCGGUAAAAUGCCAAUUGUCUUGGAACAAAGAAAAUCCUGUCUAGAUCCAAUUCCCGUAUGCGAUGGCAUUUGCAAUAAGACACUUCGUUGCGGCAAGGCUGUCCAUCCGCAUCACUGCACAAGCAAAUGCCAUUUGGGCAAUUGUCCACCAUGCAACAAGCAAACAGCAGUCAAAUGUCGUUGCGGUCACAUGGACCAAAUGAUUAAAUGUCGCCAACUAUCGACCAGAGCCGAUGAUGCUCGUUGUAAAAAGAGAUGCGUAAAAAAACGAUCUUGCGGCAAGCACAAAUGCAACCAAGAGUGCUGCAUCGAUAUCGAUCACAUUUGUCCAAUGCCCUGUAACUAUACUCUCUCAUGUGGCAAACACAAGUGCGACCAGCCAUGCCAUCGGGGAAAUUGUCCUCCAUGCUAUCGCAGCUCAUUCGAGGAGUUGUAUUGCGAAUGCGGAGCAGAGGUCAUCUAUCCACCAGUUCCAUGCGGCACUAAGAAACCGGUGUGUAAGCGCCAUUGCUCGCGACAACAUCCUUGCGACCAUCCAGUUCAACAUAACUGCCAUUCGGCGGCCACUUGCCCGCCGUGUAUGAUCUUCACCACGAAAUGGUGCUACGGACAGCAUGAACAGCGAAAAACCAUUCCAUGCAUUCAGGAGAGCUUCAGUUGCGGACUGGCGUGCAACAAGCCGCUACCCUGUGGACGGCACAAAUGCAUCAAGCCUUGUCACGAGGGACCUUGCCAAACCACCGGUGAGAUAUGUAAGCAAAGUUGCACUACUCUUCGUGCUGGAUGUGGACAUAAAUGUAUGGCACCAUGUCACGAAGGUGAUUGCCCAGAGUCGGCUUGCAAAGAGAUGGUGGAAAUUACUUGUGAAUGUGGCAACCGCAAGCAAUCGAGGACUUGCCAUGAUUUCUCAAGGGAGUACAGACGUAUCGCUACGGCUCAGUUGGCUUCAUCGAUGGCUGAGGUUCAACGAGGUAACACCAUCGAGCUGAGUGAUAUUCUAGGACCUGUCAAGAUCAGCAGUAACAAGGCACUUGAAUGCAGCGAUGAGUGCAGGACAUUGGAACGUAAUCGUCGUCUAGCUAUUGGCCUGCAAAUUCGUAAUCCCGAUCUGCCACAGAAGCUACUAACCAAAUAUUCGGAUUUCGUUCGCGGCUAUGCCAAAAAAGACCCAGCUCUCGUCAAGAGCAUUCAUGAUUCACUAACAACUUUGGUCAAGUUGGCCAAAGAGAGUAAGCAAAAGUCGCGAAGCCAUUCAUUCCCAACUAUGAAACGAGAAAAACGCCAGUUAGUUCAUGAAAUGUGCGAGAUGUUUGGUGUAGAGUCGGUGGCUUAUGAUGCAGAACCGAAUAGAAAUGUUGUUGCUACGGCUUAUAAGGACAAAUCAUGGCUGCCAGCUCAGAGUAUUAUGGAAGUUAUUCAACGCGAGAGUGGACAGAGACGUGUUCCCGUACCAAGUAACAAUGCCUGGGGCAUUAAGCGAUAAAGAGACGUGUUUUUAUUUUUCAAUAGAAAAUAACAUCUUCUAGCUGAGA